AAUGCUCUCUUCGGAAAAUGUAACGGUUUUGCAUCAUGUAAUUGUGGAAUAGCCAUAAGAAGUGGUAGUUCAAUGUUUGUGGUUAGAACAUGUGAUGAAAUAACAAGGUAUUCGACACAUACGCAUCCUCCUCUAAUAGAAAUGAGAGCCUGUGACGAUUCAACUAUGACUAUUGAAGAAAGGGGAAACACAUACACGGUAACUUUACCUUCUGGAACGGAGAUAACAUUUUCAACCUAUUACUACUGGUGGAUGGGACACUUUAUAUCACAUAUACAGAUCAAACCAUCAAUAUUGGAUGUUGAGAAUUCCGAAGGUAUGUGUGGUAGGAUUACAAAUGGAAACCGAAAUUCUGCUGACGACUUUACUUUAAGAGACGGAAGUACAUUAUAUCCUAGUUAUUAUAAUGGUUACACAUUUAGUAGAAACUGGAGGGUUAAGGAAAACGAACAAUUUUUUGUUGACAAACCAUUAGUAUUAAGUGAAAAUAUCAAUCUUCGGCAGUAUUGUAUCUGUGGUGAUAGUACUCCAGAGAGGGAGACUUUUCGUUGUGGUUUGGAAGCGCCAUUACAAAGUUGUUUAUCACAAAAAGCUCAUGCAGGAAACUUUCAUACAACUUGCUCAUUAUUGAGACGACGAAGGUCGCUAAAUGGCAACGGAACAGUUAGUGCGACAGAUAGUGAUGAUGUCAUCGACAACAAACAACUGGUUAUUGAAGACGACGACGAACUAAAUGGGGAAAUUCCACCAGAGACAAACAAUGAAUGGCCAGCAGGUUGGACAAAGAAUUUGGCACAAUCAACCUGUGAAUCACAGUUAAAGCAAGAAAUACUUGAAGAAGCACUGGAAGUUGCACAUACUUCAAUUGAUGGUUAUAUCAAAACGUGCAUGUCUGAUAUUCAAUUGGCAGGAGAUACCCGAUUUCUUCAGGACACAAUUUCAACUGUUCGUCAGACUGUAUAUUCCGAAAUCGUGAGAAACCAGUCAUUGUUUACAAAUAAUAAUCCAAAUGACACAACGUCAGAAUCUACAAUGUCUGUUGCUGAAAUGUUACUUAGUGGACUAUGUAGCAACAACUGUAGCCAAAAUGGAGAAUGUCAAAAUGGAGUAUGUAAGUGCAAUACCGGUUUUGGAAAGCAAGAUUGCUCAGAAGACCUGUCUACACCUCCGUCAAACAUAAGUAUACCACUGAAUGGAAUAUGUAAUACAAGAGAGAGAUUGUGUGCCAAAACAAAUAUUCAGGGUGUUUUCAGUUCAAGGAACAUAACAUGUUUAUCCCGACAUUUUCAGAUCAGGAAUGAUGGGUCUUGGGACUAUACUUCAAGUCAACAGAUGUACGCUGCUGAAUAUAAAAAUACGUAUCUUGUUGCAUGUGAACUGCCUUCAUCUGGACGGCGGAAAAGAUCGAUUUCCACUACAAUAAUAGCAGAUGGAUAUGAAAUUAAUUUGUCAAAUGAUGGAACUAACUUUGGCGAAGGAGUAAAAAUCAUAAUUUACGAUCAAGAUUGUUUUUCCUGUGACAUUGCAAAUCUGUCAUGCGUUUCUCUGGAUUCGUGUCCAGACAGGUUAACUUCCGCCUCUCAACUCAGCUCUACUGCAAUUGAGGGAGGUGGUAGUAGUACGACUGAUACUGUAUCAAGUACAACAACUAAUGCUAAAACUUCGACGAACAUAAAGACGACAAGAGUCCCUUCAACAUCAACUCCUUUCGCUAACUUGUACAUGAGAUCCAUAUCAAUAGAUAAAAGUAAACUUCACAUGAACGGCAGAUCAUAG